AUGAGUGGAGAGCGAGAUUCAGGUCCGGAGUCCACAGACAAAGCACCAAUGAGCACUUCCGGUCUUCCGGGCUCAGCUAAUCCUGAGCUCGAACAGGGUAAAGGUGCCGAUGCGACCGAGAUCCAGGAUGCAACUGGUGUCGCACCUUCCGACCCGGCGUCAUCUUCGGCGGAGGGCGCGAACGCACCCAAGAAGCGUCAUUUGUUGAUCCCGAUUCCGUCGCGACGAUCCUCGAAAUCCAACAAACCACAGGGGUCCGAGAAAACCGAGGAAGCAGCGCAAGAUGAGCCCUCUCGAAGGGGUUCCAAAGUGAGCAUCCUGCGAUCAAAACGCGAUCCAAGCCGGGCAAGCAGCCGCCGCUCGCGCCAGACUCAGGACGGGGCGAAUGCAGAGGAGAGUAAAGAGGUGGCGACUGCACCCGACGCCAAUUCCUCAAAGCCUCAGCAAAAGAAAGGUCCAUCGAAACUGCUGGCUUUCUUGGGCUGUUGUUCCUCGUCGGAAGUGGAUCCAGAUGAUGCAGCUCUGCCUGCAAAGAAAACGACCAUGCGGCCGCCUGCAAUCAAUAGAUUGCCUACUCCCGACAAGGCAGAGGCUCAUGCUGGUGAUUCAAGCACCAUGGAGUCGAGGGAGCCGUAUUUAGAUGAGAAGGCAAAUUCUACCGUUAGUGCAGAUCAGCCUGGUGACGACGACCGCACUGUCAAGGCUAGUGCGGCUGGCCUGCAAGACGAGGGUCCAGCAGAAGUCACGAAAGCAGAGGCUUCUGGGCAGAAAGACAAACCUGAAAAUGUUGCCCCGCUUACCCAAGCGGGACCUGCACCGGAGGUGAAGGCAGAUGCAAAAAAUCAUGAAUGGGAGGGUCAAUCAAACUCAACCACCGAUGACAUUCCUUCUGCAUCAACCUCGACCAUGCCCGGAACCUUUGGCACUGACGGCACUGACGGCACCGACGCACAAGAAGAAGUCACAUCUCAACAAGAAGUGGCACCAACCGUGGUGAUGCCUCCACCACCGCCGCCACCCAUGCCGCCUGCUCCCCCGGGUCCUCCUGCGCGAGGCUACUCUGAGGACGCAGCGCACCCGUUGCUCCCCCCAGUCUUGCCCCAUCUACAGGGCCGAAAGUGCCUAGUUCUCGAUCUUGAUGAGACGCUAGUUCACAGUAGCUUUAAGGUUUUGGAGCGUGCCGACUUCACAAUCCCAGUUGAAAUUGAAGGACAAUAUCACAACAUUUAUGUGAUCAAACGUCCUGGGGUCGAUGCAUUCAUGAAGCGUGUUGGUGAGCUCUAUGAAGUGGUGGUCUUCACUGCCUCAGUUUCCAAGUACGGCGAUCCUUUGCUUGACCAACUGGAUAUUCACAAUGUGGUCCACCACCGUCUGUUCCGCGAGAGUUGUUAUAAUCACCAGGGCAACUACGUCAAGGAUCUUUCCCAAGUCGGUCGCAACUUGAAGGAAACCAUCAUCAUUGAUAAUUCCCCCACCUCCUAUAUCUUCCAUCCUGAGCAUGCGAUUCCCAUCAGUAGCUGGUUCUCUGACGCUCACGACAAUGAGUUGCUCGAUCUGAUCCCUGUUCUUGAGGAUCUUGCAGCGCCGCAGGUCCAAGACGUCAGCAUGGUUUUGGACUGCACCCUAUAA